AUGGAGGUAAGUGGAAUGGAGCUCUGGCUGUGUGUGUUGAUCGCAGCUACCAAUGCUGCACUGCUGAUGGUGAGAUGGAGCAGAAGUCACUUGUCAUGGUCAGUGGUUCUCGUGGUGGUGGAGGUGAUACUGUGCUAUUGGAUAUCAAAUGGAAGUGUGGCAGCGAUACUGCUGAGUGCCAGCUGUGGCUGUUGUGUGAUCCACUUCACUGCUGGAAGAAAAGAGGACAUACUGCCUGUGCAAGGCAAAGCAGUGCUCAUUACAGGUUGUGACUCUGGUUUUGGAUACAAUCUUGCUAAAAUCCUGGACAAAGCUGGGAUAAAGGUGUAUGCUGGAGUGCUGGAGGAAUUUGGACCUGGUGCACAGAGGCUCAGGGAAGUUUCUUCUGCACAGCUUACCAUCCUACAGAUGGAUAUCACUGACGUCAACCAAAUCUCUGAAGCACAUAAGCUUAUCAAGAGUCAAAUAGGAGAGGCAGGUCUUUGGGGACUAGUGAACAAUGCAGGAGUGCUUGGACAUACAUGUGAUGGAGAACUUCUUCCCAUGAGAAUAUUAAGAAAAAUCAUGAAUGUGAAUUUUAUUGCUGGUGUGGAGGUGACCAAAGUUUUCCUGCCUUUGAUAAGACAAGCACAAGGAAGGAUUGUGUGUGUAUCCAGUAUGUCAGGAGAAGUUCCGUUUCCUGGUUUCGCUGCAUAUGGAGCAUCUAAGGCAGCUGUACUUUCUUACUAUGGAGCUCUGAGACAGGAACUGUCUCGCUGGGGUAUUAAAGUAGUCAUUGUUCAGCCAGGGGGCUUUAAGACAAAUAUUUUAGGCAAUCAAGAGGACUGGAUUAAAAUCCAAAAGGAGAUCCUCAGCACCCAGCCCCGAGAAGUAAUAGAUGUAUAUGGAGAAGAGUACAUCUGCUCUAUGCAGCACCGUUUAAGUAAUAUGACUGCUCACGCCUGUACCGAUUUCAAGCCAGUUCUGGAUGAUUUACAACACGCAUUACUCUCAGAAAAACCAAGGCCCUUUUACCACCCGGGACACAACGCCUGGGCCAUUCCAGUCCUACAAAGGAUCUGUCCUACGUUGCUGUUUGAUGCUAUUUUUGCACAGAUAUUUCCUUUAACAAGUUCUGCCCAGUAGGCCAGGCUUCCAAAAGUUGAAACACUUUACACUAUAUGCAUAUUCUCACUAUAAACUUUUUUGCACAUGGGAUGUGCUCUCUCUCUCUGAAGCAAUCAAGAUGUGAUUGAAGUGUUCACUUUUAGCUUUAGUUCAAGGAGUUUGACAAAAAUAUUGCAUUAGACAUUGAGGAAUUAAUUACUUUUUUUUUUUUUUUUUAACAGAGUCCCUUCAUAUUCACAGGCUCAACAGUAAUCAGACAAUUGACUGAUAGGUCAGGUGUGGCCUGUUUUAAAGAUGAAAACACAAAAUAAAAAAAACCCAGACAAAAAACAAAGCCUGAUCAGUUCUGGAACAAGAUGUUAGGGACAGAUGAAAACAAGACUAACUUGUACCAGAAUGAGGGGAAGAGAAGAGUAUGGAGAAGGGAAGGAAUGGCUCACAAUCCAAAUCAUUAACCAUUAGUCAAAAAUGAAAAUUUUUAAAUGGCAGGGUCAGUCAACUGGCCUCAAAACAGUUGAGCAUGCUCUUCACAUACUGAAGACAAAAUUGAAGGCAUAAAUUCCGACAAACAAGCAGCAAAUGAAGGCAGAUGCAGUAAAGGUUUGGCAAAGCAUCUCAAGGGAGGAAACUCAACAUUUGCUGAGGUCCAUGGGUUCCACACUUAAUGCAGUCGUUGUCUGCAAAGGAUCUGCAUCCAAGUAUUAAAAAUAAUCCUUAUGUUUAUGAUUGAUCAUUUGUCCAUUUACUUUUGAGCCUGUGCACAUGGAAGGCUGUAUUUCCUAAAUGGUUAAUGCAAAAUUUUUGUUAAACCCCUUGAAUUAAAACUGAAAGUCUACACUACACUCAUCUUGACUGCUUCAUUUCAAAUCCAUUGUACUGGUGUACAGAGGCAGAAGUCUGAAAACUGACACUGUACAAAUAAUUUUGGACCUGACAGUAUACCUUAAACAGGGAUAUGCUUAAGAGAACAUGCAUUGCCACAGUGUCCAAAUAUGUUACCACUCUAUUUAAUGUGUAUUUUCAGAAUGAGGGCAGACUCUGCAGGAAAUCUGAUGGCUACAAUCUUAAAACACAAAUUAAUACAUUAUUCUAUCUAUGUAACCAUUCUAAAAACACACAUUAAAGGGAAAGCUGACUUUCUUCCCUGCUGUAACAAUUUGCAGCACCAGCCCCUGGAGGAAGAGGGGUUCACUUAAGGGUCAAUAACUGCAUCACAAAAAGAAAAAUAUGAUGUGUAUUGAAGAGUUUGUGUUAGUGCCUACAGACAAGAGAUUACAACACUGUGUCUUGAGUUUUACUUUAACAACAGAAAUUCCAUGCAGACUCCAGAAUUACUUUGAAAUUACCAUAUUUUUCUCAGGUAUGGAAACACCAGACCUUUAAAUUUCACAGGCAUUCCAGAUCUUGCACCCUAAAAUAUACCUUCUCAUGGCUGGCCAAAAAAAAAAAAAAAAAAAAAAAAAACUAGAAUAAAAUAAAUAAAAACCAACACACAUUACAAUGAUCAUAAUCAUUUAAAAAUAAGGAUGCACAACAUCCAUUUUUACUGCUAUUUUACAGCAUCCUUUUUUUUCCCCACUGAAUGAUUGUAAAGGCAUUAAAACAUUAAUUAAAAAAAAAAAAAAAAA